AUGCUCGGGGGGGGGGGGUCUCGCUGAGGUCCCACCCACAGACCUUCUCUCCAGUCCUCCCGAGUCCGGGCGGAGGCGGGAAUAAGGGCGAUGCGCAGGGCGGGGUUUGUGGAGGAAGAUGGCCGCCACCAGGGGUCAGUACGUAACGGCUGCGCUGCUGAGAGCGGUCAUUCCCCGGCAGAGGAGCAGGAUCCUCGAGGCCUCUGCGGAACUUCAGGCACGUCGGGAAGCGUCGUCCUCCGGCCCCGAGGCUGGUGAAGGACAGAUCCGCCUCACGGACAGCUGCGUCCAGAGGCUUCUGGAAAUCACCGAAGGGUCAGAAUUCCUCAGGCUGCAGGUGGAGGGAGGUGGAUGCUCCGGAUUCCAAUACAAAUUUUCACUGGAUACAGUUAUCAACCCCGACGACAGGGUAUUUGAACAGGGUGGGGCAAGAGUGGUAGUUGACUCUGAUAGCCUGGCUUUCGUGAAAGGCGCACAGGUGGACUUCAGCCGAGAACUGAUCCGAAGCUCAUUCCAAGUGUUGAACAAUCCUCAAGCACAGCAAGGCUGCUCCUGUGGGUCAUCCUUCUCUAUCAAACUUUGACAAGAUGACAGGUGACCCUGAGAUUGGCACCAGCUCUACUAAUCUGAGAAACCUGGGAUUAUAGAAUUCUAGCGGUUUCUUCCAAUCAUAUCCUCCUCUCAAUUUUAUUUUCCUUAAUCCAGGAGUGUGUGUUUUGCCACUAUUAUUUCCCAAAUGUGAAGCUUUCAUACUUGGCCAAAAUAGCCUCCCUCCACUUGCCCUCUAUAUGAUGCUAAGGCCGACCUUCCAAAUGCUGUUACCUCAGAUUUAAUCAUUGGUUGAAACCCAAUAUUAUCUAUAGAGCCCCAAAGCUCCAAAAUUUGGAGUGACUUCUUUGGCCUUCAUAACUGCUUGUACAUAUGUGUAUAGCUAUGUAUAAAAACCUCAUUUUAAAGAAA